AUGCCCAAGAACGCUCACGACGUCUACCACGGCUGGCACGGCAUGUCUGUCAAUCCGCAGGCCUCUCCUGCUCAGCAGGCGUACGCCAGGGAGCAAAUGGCCCAGACAAGCAGCCAUUUCCAUGGUCAUCACGGGGCCGCCCACAACGAAACGGCGGGAGAUCAGGCCAAGUCGAACGCCAUGCACGGCAUGCAGCAGACGCAGCCCGACGCCUGGAAGAACCGCUGA